CAAAAAGUUGGGUUGAUCAGUACAGGGACUAAAGGUGCAGCAGUCAGUAGAGGUAUAGCAGUACCAGAACAUAUAUCAAAGCAGACAGAGGAAGAGAUAAGGAAGAUGAGUGAGGAAGCUGAAGCUGAUGUACAUAUGACUGGAGAUAUUGAUGCUGCUGAAAAGUUGGUGUUGAGUAGAGUUGGUAUUAGUAGUGCUGCAAAGAAGCCACAGACACCAGCUUCAGUAGAAAUGAGACCCCAGAUCUCUGCAAGUAACAGUUCAGAGUGUAUGAGAGGCAGACAGAGUCCAUAUGGUGUUGAUAAUGGAAACUUUCCUGAGGUGUUGCCUGUGAACAAAACAGUGGCUAGUUUGAUGUCGUCCCUCAAAUAUCAAACAAAGACACUCUACCCAGGAAGAGACUAUUUGAGGGAGACACAUGAUGAAUUGCUGAAGCUUGUCAAGCAAAAUGCCCCAAGAUCUGCAACUCCUACAAGACUGCCUGUGUUCAGCACAAUCACUAGAUCAGGGUCCGUGCGGAGACCCCUGCUGGAAUCUUUCACAAGUGAAGAUUCGGACCAUCAUUCCUCCUGUGAUAACAGAAGGAAUGUAGUUGAAGUAGUGGAUAGAGGCAUUAAAGGUGAACACAGUCUAAACUUGCACAAUGAGCAUGCAUAUUCAUUUAAUGACCACAUCUCUUUAGUGCCAAAGAUAAACUUUACAGACAUUAACCCAUUUCAAGCUUUAAAUGGGGAAAGUGGAGUACCUGAAAAUAGGAAUUUACCUUCCAGAGGUCUAAGUAGCAUCAAAAGAACUAGAGAUCGACCAUACAGAAAGAUUGAUCAUAACAAUGUGCAGAAAGAAAAUGAAAAACCUGAAGAAAUUGAAAGUUUACACCAUUUAUAUAACAAUUCCAGACUACUGGAACAUAGAAGGAAAAAAGUUCAGAAUGAGAUUAGAACAUAUAUUGAUGCACAGAAACGUGAUCGUAACCAUGACAUACGUAAUGGUGAUUUAGGGAUUAAAGAUAAGUUUAGUGAUUUAAAUCACUUCUUUGCUAGAAGGAAAUUGGAAGAGGAGGAAUAUUUCUUCACUGGAAAUGGACAACAUGUUUCCAAAAUGCCCAAAUCUCCUGUGCUAAAAGCUCAGGAAAAGCUGAUAAUGCCAGUAUCUCCUGUGCUGAGUUGGGAGGCUACAAGUUUGUUACAGGCCAAUGAAGAGAGUAAUUGUAACAGGGAGAUAUUUGAACCAAUGGACAUCGAUACAAAAGGAGCAGAAGCAGUGAAUCUCCUGCAGCAGAAUGAUCUACUAAAGGACAGAUCUGUGCAACAGACAUAUGUACAUCCUGAUAGACAGGAAACAGAUUAUGACACAACUUUAGACUGGUUCAACAGACAGAGUAGAAGCAACAGUCAGUGCUCACAUUGUUCUCAAGGUUCUGCAGACACUAUCUCCCAUGUUCAGGUACCAACAAGACAGCCCAACUAUAUGCCUAGUUUCCAUGGUAACUACUACACAGAUCACAUGGCAACUGGAGAUUUAUCAUGGCAGCAGAAAAAUCCUAGAGUUAAGGUUGAAGCGAUGGACAUUCUUGACUAUGUUGAUCAAUAUAUAGGCCGAGACUCAUACAUGGACUGCCGGGGUGACCGUACCUCCACACUGAGUGUAGCCACACCAGACUCUGCCGGAUCACCAGUGUGGCAAGCAUCAGAUCAUAUCCUACGCAGAAAGAUUUUGUUACCAACAUCACCUAAAUCUCCUGGUUGUCCUAAAUUUUACCCAAAGAAAAUGUACUGAAAAUCUACUCAAACGAGAUUUAAUGUUAAGAUGCAUGCAAGUGUCUUUUAAGAAGUCAGUCAAUAGAGAUAAAAUUACUGACAGUGUGUAUGAUAUGUAUUAGUUUAGUAUGUGCCUCAAUUUCAUUAAGAAAAGUUAAUUAUAUGAGAUAAUAAUUUAUAAAGUCAACAUUUUCUGUUUAUCAAAAGAUUGUAAAGGACAAACAUUUUCUUAAAUGAUAGUGUAUUUAUGUUGAAUUUAUUUUAUUCUAAUGGAAAAAAGAGCAUUAAAUUAAUAGUGUGCACUUCUCUUAAAAGUUGUAAGAUGUUUAUUAACAGAGAGAUUGUAAUUUCAUACAUAUUCUUAUGUGCAGUAAAUCCCUGUACAUUACAAUAAGCCUCUGCUAAAAUUGUACAUUAACUUUAAUCCUGUGGCUCACGACAGGUAAAUCUGCAAGUUUAAAAGGGUGCAUGUUAGCUUUUACAGGUACAAUGGAAUAUGAAAGGCUAUAUUUUGAGAAAAAACUUGUAACAUUCAGAUUUUCUACACCUCAGAAUGUUGAAACAUGGCCAUGUACCCGUACUAAGUAUGAAAUUACUACCUCUCUAUUAUUAGGUAACUUAUGAUUAGCCCUUAUAACAAUCAUUUCUUUUCUAGUCAGCACUGUGUUCUUGUAUGAAUGAAUCUGAUAGUAGUUUAGUAUAGACUUCUUGCUUACGUUUAAUGGCACUUUCCAUUUCAUAUUCCAAAACUAUAAAAGCUAAAUAUUUUAUAUCAAUUUUGGAAUGAAGAUGAAAGUUAGCUGUUCAGUCCUGCUCAAUAUAAAUCUGUUGGUCAAAUUUGCAACCAUUGUCAAAUAUAAUACAAGGAAUUUCAUACAAGUUUUGUUCAUAGCCUCAUUGGCAUAAGAAUUUUGACUGAAGCAUUGCAAAUGUUAUAUUAUUAUUCUAAACUGAUAUAAUGUCACUAAGUUGUGAUUUAAUGUAAAGUGUAAAAUCUUUAUUUACCAUAUAGAAUACAAACUGGUGUGAGAAAGAGACUAUGUAUUAAACCCUGAACACCACAGACAGGAAGACUAAAACACAUUUAAGAGGUUACUCUAAAGACAAAAGUUUACAAAAGAAAUGUUUUAGUUGGGGCAGUAACAAAGAGGAGUUUGCUCUACAGAAGAAUUGCUAACAGAGGUUAAACCUUGUUGCAUAAAUGACGUCUAGACCUAGAAUGUGUUGAUAGUCUUGUUAAGAGAGAUACUUAAACUCAUAUCUAAGUCUCGAGCAUAUUUUGAAAUUAUGGUACUGUGAUUAUAAUAAAAUAAUCUGUGAUAAUUGUAAAUAUUUGAUUACUCUAUGCAUAUUUUUACCAUGUAUGAUUGAUAGUUUUUGUUGUAGUUUUCUGACAAUAUUCUUAUUGGUGUUACUUGGCAAAUGAUCUCUGUAAAAACAUGUACAGUAAUGGGCUGAAUUUUAGUUUAGAGAACGUUUUCCCCCAUAAACUUCCAUGUAUAUACCCAUUACUACAAUUUACCAGAAUUUAUAAAUGUCACAUUCCUAUCUAUGUUUCAAUUAUGAAAUUUUUUAUCAAAAUAACGUAUAUUUGUAUAUCCUAAAAGAAAAGCACCUUUUGAAAUUUCUGAUGUUCCAUUGGUGUCAAUGUUAAAUCGCAUGAAAAAUCCAUGAAAAAAACAAACAUUUUAACUAAUUUGUAAAAUGCAAAGGUGUAUUAUUCUCAAGUUGGAAUUAUUUUGUUGCACUUUAAUGUAUACAUAAACAGUAUAUUUUGAGAAAUAUGUAUUACAGCAAGUUUUCAUUAAAGCUGAGAAUGCAUGUAUGUAAUAACAUUGAAAUCUCUUCUUUUUGACUCGUAUAUUAUGCAGGUAUAAUUAUGCAGCUAUUGUUAUUCUGCUUAAUCCAUUAUUUGAUAUUUCAAGCUGACUCCUAUUUAGAAUGUAAAACUUAAAUUGCAUUUCUGACCCCUACUUAAAAUUUAAAAUGUUUAGCUUAAAUUUCAUGGUUUGACUCCUACGUAAAAUUUAAAAUGUUUAGCUUAAAUUUCACGACUCGUCCUUACUUAAAAUUUAAUAUGUUAAUCUUACCGGUAAAUUUCGUGCCUGAUCCCUAUUUAAAAAUCAGAUGU